UUAUUAGUUCUAUGAAGAGUAUGCUAAUUCAUCACUGUUAAUUCUAAUUUAAUGUAAUCCCGUUCUAUACAGUGUAAAAAUUUCUAUACAGUAUGUGUUAAUUCUACACUGUACAUCAUCCUCAUUUCGUCGUCUUCACCUCGAUCUUUAUCCCAGUAACCAUGACAACGGUCCAUCUCUCUCUCUCUCUCUCUCUCUCUCUCUCUCUCUCUCUCUCCCGUGCACAGACACCACGGCCUCUCAAUCGCGGCAGAAUGGUGCGCGAGCGUGACGCCACGGAUGCACGAGCCGGGCGCAGACCAAUUGCGUGUGAGCAGCUGGACGCCGCUGUCCGUGAAACCGCCAACCUUCUGAACAGGAGCGGUGAAGGAGGAAGCUUCACCAGCAAACGCGCGGGGAGAGAAACCGGAGCUGAACGAGCUCCUCUGAGAGCAGGUCUCUUUCCUUAACCCGUUUAACAGCGCGUGAUGCGAGACGCGUUACUGCACGAGACCAUCUUCAUCAUCCUCACCAUCUUCAUCCUUCUUCACCUGAGGGAAGACAGAUGGAGGCUCGGACGGACUCCUGGUGAUUCAUCCUCAUGCCGCAGCUAUGAGUAACACGCACCCCAACACCUCUACUUUAAUCCCGGAUGUGCAGGAGGUGAAGAACGUGAGCGUGGAGCUGCUGCCCCUCAAUCCCUGGGAUGUGGUGCUGUGCGUGACCGGAACGCUGGUGUGCUGUGAGAACGCCUUGGUGCUCGCUCUGAUCGCCCACACACCCUCCCUGCGAGCACCGACGUUUGCACUCGUGGCCAGCUUGGCGUUUGCUGACCUGCUGGCUGGUCUGAGUUUGAUCCUGAACUUCAUCGUCAUCUACAUGUUGGACACAGACUUUGUGACGUUGCUGUCAGCCGGCCUGCUCAUCACCGCCUUCUCAGCCUCGGUGCUGAAUGUGCUAGCCAUCACAGUGGACCGUUACCUGUCUCUGUACAGCGCUCUUACAUACCACACAGAGCGCGCCGUCACCUUCACCUACGUGGUAAUGAUGCUCGUGUGGUCUACCAGUGCUGCCCUCGGUGCGUUGCCCGUGCUCGGCUGGAACUGCCUGCGUGAUGAAGCGACAUGCAGUAUCUGCCGUCCGGUGCACAAGAGCAACGCGGCCGCGCUUGCCGUCUCCUUCCUCCUCGUCUUCGCCCUCAUUCUGCAGCUAUACCUCCAGAUCUGUAAGAUUGCUGUGCGUCACGCGCAGCAGAUUGCCGUGCAGCGCCACUUCAGGGCCGCUUCACACGCCGCUUCUGCAGCCAAAGGCGUCUCCACACUGUCAGGCAUCCUGGGCACGUUUGCGCUCUGCUGGGUUCCACUUGCCAUGUACUCACUGGUGGCAGAUACAUAUUACCCAGCAACUUACAUGUAUGCCACUGCUUUUCCAGCUAUCUGCAGCUCCAUCAUAAACCCCAUCAUCUACGCCUUCAGAAACCCGGACAUCCAGAGGUCUCUGAGGCUCAUUUGUUGCGGAUGUGCGCCGUAUGGCUUUACAAUGCGACCACGGACACCUAGUGACGUGUAACAAUUUUCUAAAUGCAAAAGCUAAGCUUAAAAAGAAGACUGCAGCAGUUUUCAAUCCAUGUCUACGUCUAUAUCUUCUGUAGCGUGUGUGAUUGCCAGAAACAAGGAUUCAAACCAAUUUCCUGAAAAAAGGAACGAAAACAUUUCUGUAUUUUGGUUGAAUUCUUCAGCCGAAGUUCUGAUCUGUUGUUUCAGAGGGAAGAAUAAGUGCCUCUGUGUAGCAUGGGUCUGCAAAGAUAUGACAGAUUCUUAGGUUUUUACUGUAUUGUUCCACAUAUAUGACUUAAACUUUAAAUGAAGAAAAUAUCCAUAGGCUCCGAUUCGCCAUGAAAUUAGUAUAGAGAUUUUCGCCUCUUCCCUCAGUGCAGGUGAAAAUCCAGUCGCUGGGAAUCACACAGACGCUACAGCUGAUAGACAGAAGGAUAAAAACUGCUGAAUUUUGACUUUAACAUGCACAGAGCAUCCACAUAUUGUAAUGUUCAUUCGUAUGGAAGUUGUGUGUUGUCUGUGAGUGUAAUGAUCUUUAAAUCACAGUGUGCUAGUUCACAUAGCUGUGUUUUUAGUGUCUUUGGCCACUUUUCAUAGUUUCAGUUUAAAUAUGAAGGAAAUGAUACUGACACCCAUUGAAUCAACAUCUGUAUAAACACCAAACUCAAAUGUAGCAUGAAUCCUUUGUGGUCAGUUGCCUUUAAAGCACUGUGAAAUGCCUAUAGGCUUCCCAGACUAUCACCAGAACUGAUGGACAGCAGAGAUCUUCAGCGUUCACUGUAUCGCUGGCAAUAUAUUUAGAAAUUGGCUUAUUCACUUGAAUCUCAGGUUGAGAGACAGUCUUAAGGGUGCAGUGCUGCCAGUACUUGAUAGCACCUGCUUUAGGUGUUUAUGGAGGUCAUUUUUCUGCUGAACCUGAUCAUGAAAUAUCAACUUUACAAUCAGAUAGCGUUAGAUCAGAGAAAUCCCCAAACUGUGCUGAGCUUUAGGUCUAGAAUUUUUAUUCUGUUUGUGACCGACAAAAACGUUCUAAAUUAUUUAAUUGUCAAAACCAAUAGCCCCAAACCCCAGACAGGAAACUAGCUUUUCCUGCACUUCCUGUUUAAGAGAGCGGAGAAGGAGGAAAUAUUACCAAUUCUGGAGUCAGGAACUGCUUACAAGGCAGAGACCAAAAUCACCAAAACCUGAAAUCUGAAACCCUAAUAUAUUUACCUGGUGUUAACUAAAUAAUGAAAUAUUUUUCAGCAAAGCCGAACCAAAACUGAUAGAUUUAAUUAAUUUCACAUGAAUGAACUGAAAACAUCCCGGUAAGAUGGAGGGAAGGGGGCGUGGCUUCCAGGUGCACAAAUGAUUCUAGAUUGGAUCGUCUUCUGUUUCAUUGGGGAAUAAAAGACUGAUCCUCUGGAGGUAUUAUGAGUGAUGAAUCGUGUUAGUGUAAUUCUAACGUAGGUUAAAUUGUAUAUAUAUAUAUCACACGCCUCGUCCACAGUACUGCUUUUUUAUCCAACUGCCGCUCGCUCCCAUAGUUCUGAGGUGUUUUGGAUGCACACCUCUGCCCUGCACCGUUUAUGUUCUCAUACUGAGGAACGUCAGUUAAGCACAUCCUGGGCUAUGAAAGCAUUGCAACGAGAAGCGUCCACACAGUGUUCACUCAACAUUAAGCGAUUCAUGCUGUGGACAGUAAACAUUAUUUGAAAUGUUCCUGCAUCUGUCUCUAGUGUUCUCAAGCUGCAUCAACAUUUCAGAAAGGAAGAAUGCCAUGAAAAAUAAUCAUAAUAGUGUGGGGUUAGUUAUACGAAAAUCCUGAAGUGUUUUAUGCAUUUGUAAUCAAGAACUAACAUUCAUGUUAACAUCAGCUAACGUUAGCGUAAGAGGUCACUCAAUAUCUCUUUUUACUCACAAUUAAUGUUGCAGAACGUCCUCGCAGUUAGUCCCUGUUGUCACUUGUGUUUCAGCAGCAAUAACCAGGCGUCCUCUCACCAGCCUCUCUCUUCUCACUUAAAGACAAAACACUCCUGAAGACUUUCCCGUGUCAGAAAACCCACAAACCGCUUAAAUAUGUUAAAUAAAUGCCUGCUAAAGCGUUUCUUCGUCAAUUAAAUACACAUUUUUGUCAUCUGUAUUUUUAAGGUUAGUUAAUAUUAAAUUCCGAGUUUACAGAAAUGAGGAUUUCUGUAAAUCUGCCCACUGUUUAAAGCUCUAUACAAAUGAAAUAAAGUUGAAUUGAACGACAUGGAGUGUUCCCGUUCACAUCCCUGUGAAUGAACUGUUACUGUAGAAACCAUAACAUUGGGAUGAGUGCAUUAGUAUAAACCUGUGAUUGAAGUUCGAGCUGCUGGUAUAGAGACGUGAUCCACGCCGUCAGCGUUAUGGUGUAAAUGGUUUCAUCACUCAGCCCUGCUUCGUUUCAUCCGUAAGCUAAAAGUUAGACAGCCAAAGUAGACGUGUGCCGUGUUUCGCAGCUUCCCUCAUUAACCUCCAGCUAACGUGUAAAACCUUGUUGUAUGAACACAGAUUAAAGUUUUCUCAUCUAAGUUGCACAUGAUGUCAGCGUGAAGAGAAGUAGAAAUCUCAGAUUCAUUUUUGCCUUACCCGUGUUCUCAGUGGCAAUAACGUACCGUACUGUGUCUAUUAAUAACAAAAAUGCAUAAUGAAGUAAUAAUAUUCUUUUUUAAAACUAUUAGAGGCAAAUAAACCCGCUGUUUGCUUGUCAUCACGUUUGUGAUAAGUAGCUCGCUAGGCUGUAAGGUGUGACUGAGCACUUAGAGAUCUCUGAUGGUAUCUCAGUACUGUGCACUGAAACUUUAUCUUGUGUGUGUGUGUGUGUGUCUGUGUGUGUGUGUGUGUGUGUGUGUGUGUAGAUCAGCCAAAGAGCUAACUGUAAAAUACCAUACAAAAAAAAAAAAAAGUGUAUUGUACAAACCGCACUAUUCCAAAUAUUCUUGCUGAUUAAAGAUGUCAGUAGAUUUGAAUGUAUGGUGCCACGAUUUUCUGUUGACUGACUGAACAUAUGCUUUGAUUUUGUAAAGAAUUAUGUUUAAGGUCCGAUUAAAGUUGUGGUCAAUAACGGAACUAUUUUUGUACAGUAAAAUGUUUUGCAUUCGUUAGGAGUAGCUACUUGUGUGUUUGUCUUGAUUCAUGAUCCAUAUUUGAGUGAUUUGCAUUAACAAGAUGUUUUUUUUUUUUUAUUUUAAUGUAUUUACUUAAAUGUUUCUAUAAACGUCACUUCAUUGCUCCAUACACGUGUGCCUCUCUGUUUUGUUGAUAAAGCCGAAGAUCUUAAGCUGUACACAUCAAACCGAGGGCGGUAUAAAAGAAAAGCAUGGACUAAUUGUUAAAAAUCACGUUCUUGAAAAAGCUGACAGAUUUUGUGGGUGUUCUCCUUGUCUGAGAGGCGCGAUUUUAAAACCCCUGCGCUGGUCAUCUCGUGUCAGGUUUCGUUAGUCACAUAUGCCGUGACGGGUUACACACUCAUCGAUCACAUGUUAAAGCCUUGGACUAGUGAAGUAAAGCGGUCCAGUCCGGUCUGUUGUUUGUCAGCUGAGUGUCCAGUGCUCCAGAGGGACGACGGUAGGGAGCUGGCGAGGGCGAGGGCCAGAUGGAGCUUCUCAGAUGGAGGCCGAGUAUUACGUCACAUCCAGGGUGGGGAUCUGUGGAAACAAACCAGAUUUAACACACUUCUUUUGGACAGUGGUGAUGGACCCCUGUGCAGGCAUCAUGUUUAGACCCCAUUCAUGUUUCCUUCAAAUAUAUAAACUAGUUCAUAUUUACAUAAAACUGUAACCUAGCUCUGUAAUGCUCUGUUUACCUCAUCCAACAUCCAACACUAUUACAUUAAAUACGAAACAGGCAUGAAUGUUCAGCAUCACACACACACAGAUAACGGCAUUGACACUCAGUGCAUGAUGUUGUGGUGUUACUUUUGUAACAGAAACCCUAACAGCAUGUGGUUCUGUAGGCAGCUCAUGCAGAUGGAGGUCUCUGUUCUCUGCAGCUCACUCUGUUACUGUUUUCCCAUCCCUGCUUUAGAUCCUUUACAGAUUAGUUCAUGUGUUUAAAGUCAUUUAUUAAGAUUUUCACGUAUUAUUUCACGUUGGAUUCCAAAGGGUUGUUAGGGUGCUGGUGUCUCAGUGGUAGGUUUUCUCGCCUACCAUGCAGAAAGCCUGGGUUCGAUUCCUUGCCAGUGCCCAAACUCCAGCUACUGGAUGUAGUGCCGGUCUCAAGCCAGAAUAAAAAUGGGAGGGUCGCAUCAGGAAGGGCGUCCGGCGUAAAACCUGUGCCAAGUUGUUGUGCGGACCAAUUGGUCCGCUUUGGUGACCACUCACACAUGUAGGGAGCAGCCGAAAGAUCAACAACAUUCCAGUGGAUUAUUACUAGGUGUAUUAUUAUAGUAGCAGAACUUUUUGUAAUUUAGUGAAUCUGGAGGGAAUUAGAGGUAUCCAGAUUUAAUGCACAUUUCCCAGAUAUCCCAAAUUUCAAAAAAGGGAUGGAUUACCUUUUUAAAAAAAAACCUCCACAUCAUUAGCAUAAAAUAAUAUGAGGGAAAUUAAAGUUGUAAUGCGUUUAGUUUAUUAGAAAUGUCCGUUGUAAAUUUGAUGUAGGUAUAUUUGGCUCUAUUUAGAGUGGCUCAGGGUCAUAAUUUAGAGAUUUUCUGAGUUCAGUUAGUAAUUAGCAAUUAGCUGCACAGUGACAUCAGUCACCUGGUCACCUGGUCAUCAGCUCCACCCCUCAUUCUGGAGCAUAACAGACCCUAAAAAGUGUUACACACAUCAGCUGUAAGUUCUUCAACAUAGGAGCAAGAAUUCUCUGUUGUCCAACAUCAUACCCUGAAAACAGUCUUUAGUCUCAACCUCCUGCUUUUAUUUCACCUUGAUUCUGUAGAUUUGUACCUAAGACACUCGUACUGAACAUCUACUGACCACACUGAGCACUGAGGACUCUACAGAUCUAGAAGAGUAAUGAUUUAUAAUCCCACUCUCUGUGUUUAUAAUGAUUUAUAAUCCCACUCUCUGUGUUUAUAAUGAUUUAUAAUCCCACUCUGUGUUUAUAAUGAUUUAUAAUCCCACUCUCUGUGUUUAUAAUGAUUUACAAUCCCACUCUCUGGUGUUUAUAAUGAUUUAUAAUCCCACUCUCUGUGUUUAUAAUGAUUUAUAAUCCCACUCUCUGUGUUUAUAAUGAUUUAUAAUCCCACUCUCUGUGUUUAUAAUGAUUUAUAA